AUGCAGUACCAAGCUAUAGAAAACGAUGAAUUCAAGCUCCGAAUGAUCCAAAACUCUCCAAAAUUUAAUUCUGUAACAUCAAUAAUAGAACAUCAGUUCGAUGGAAAGGCCCCAAUUGACGCGUUGAUGAUAUUUGCUAACCUGAUGUCAAAGAAGAAUGGGAUAAUUCUUGAUCGAUCAGCAAAAAGAAAUAGGACAGCAUUAUUAUGCUGGUACACAGAGAAUUGGGAAGUAAUUUAUCCACAUAUCAGUGAAAUUAAUCCAUUAAAGAAAGACCUCCACAGGAUCGCACCAGUUCAAUCGAACAAUACAAUUAAUCCAACUGUAGAUCCAUCAGAUCUUCUUCAAUUGUUGAAUAUUCAUUAA